AAACGCUUCAAAUUACACGCUCUCAUCAUCGAAUGCGCUUCUCUUCUCGAGUGCUCUGCUUCGGGUAUCCCAUCAUCAUCGUCGUCAUUAUCUUCAUUCCUUAAUCGAUUCUCACAUUACAGGCGUGUGGUGAGGGUGCCCUAAGCGAUUCCGCGGAACGUUAUUCACGAAUCAUGAUUAACCAUUCAUAAAAAAAAGAAGCUUUUUUCCUUCAGUUACCGGUGGUUGCAGAUUUUUGCGCCGCCGACCAAUUUAGGGCUUUUUUUCCGAUGACGUAUUACGAGGAUGAUGGCGGUGGUCGGAGAGGGGAGGUGGUCCCGGUCCUCACCCUCACAAUCCAAGCUGACGAUAACAAUGGGGACUAUGUCAAAUUGAUGCCUCACCCCGACGAGGAUUCUCCGCCAGCUGCAGCGGCGGAGCCUUCUUCUCCGGCGAGAGGAGCCGCUGUGUGGUAUUGGGUUAAAUUGGUGCUGUUGUUUUUAUGCCUGGCUUUCUUGGCUGUGGUGGUGCUCAAGUGGGUCGGACCCUAUUUCAUAGACAAGGAGGUUAUUCCAAUAAUAAAUUGGGAGACAAAGACUUUCAGCACUCCAGUGCUAACUGUUUUGAUGUUUGCUUCUAUAGCACUAUUCCCAACCCUACUUUUGCCAUCUACACCCUCUAUGUGGGUGGCUGGAAUGACAUUUGGUUAUGGCUUUGGGUUCUUGCUAAUAAUAUCUGCAGCAGCUGUCGGUGUAUCACUCCCCUUUAUCAUCGGCUCAAUCUUCCAUCAUAAAAUUGAAGGGUGGUUAGAGAAGUAUCCAAAGAAAGCUUCUAUUCUAAGAUCUGCCGGUGUAGGAAACUGGUUUCAUCAGUUUCGGACAGUUGCCUUAAUCAGGAUUUCUCCAUUCCCUUACAUAAUCUACAACUAUUGUGCUGUGGCCACAAAUGUUAAGUAUGGGCCUUACAUAAUUGGAUCCUUGGUAGGAAUGGUGCCGGAAAUAUUUGUUGCAAUCUAUACGGGAAUUUUGAUACGGACAUUGGCUGAUGCUUCACAUGAAAAGCACUCUCUAUCUGCUCCGCAAAUUAUUCUCAAUGUUCUUGGAUUCUGCUUAACUGUGGCUACAACCAUCGUUAUCACAGUAUAUGCUAAGAGACGGCUCAAGGAGUUACAGAGUGAGGACGAGCAAUUGUUGCAAUAGUCCAGUACCAUUUCAUAGUGGCAAGUGAAACUCAUUGCGCUGCUGGAAGAGGUUUUAUUUAUCAAGUAACUUCAUCCAUGGGAAGGGUUGACCGUCAAAUGUAUUAUAAUUGGUGAGAAAGGUUGACCAAGGAUAUCGGAGGUGUAGAAUAUUUUCAGGUGCUCUGAAUUACAUACUACUCCCAGCUAAAAUAGAACAGAACUCACUCAAUUAACUGCUGUAUCUAUAAGUUUUCGAGAAAAUGGAUGUAAUUGUGUAAACCUAGUUAGGUGAGUGAGUGUGUUUCUAUUUUAAUUGGGUGUAGCAUGUACUCAUGACUGAAAAUAUUCUCCCUACAAAGCUAACAUGGCUGACAUCUAUUUAUGGUCAGCAUUUUCAUUUUGUUCCUUUUAUGGAUUACAAGAUUGUUUUCCUUUUUAGUGCUUCUAUCUCAUUAUUAUUGUAAAUGAUGGAAUUUCCGAUUUAUAGGAUUGAUUUCAAGGCAAGAUUCCUUUGUGUAAAUCAAAUGCAUCAAUGUUUGUUGAC